UUAUGUUCUUUAUAAUGCAAUUAAGCAAGCAGACACUUUCUUGUUCUGCAUGAACACGUUUAUUUUUCGAAUUUAUGGUGAAAAGUAAACAUCUUUAGAGGUUAGAUCAAAAUCACUGAUGACCUUUUAACCUCAAUCAUUUCGCAAAAAUGUCCAACUUUAAACGCCUCUUAAAUGUGCCCCACGUUAACAAAACCACUUUUCGAUUAUCCCACAAAUCACACUUGGAAGCCCUCCGAGAACGGAUUAUAAACGGCCCCAGUCUCCAAGACUUUAUAAAGAGCCCCGAUCCUGUCUUAAAAGAAGACUCCGAGGCUUGGAAAGACUACAAUGGGAGGCUCAAAAGAACCAAAAGUGAAAGUUCCCGUCUUAGGUUACCCCCAUGGUUAAAGACCUCAAUUCCCAAAGGAAAAAAAUUCAGCGAGCUUAAAGAACAGUUAAGGAACCUUAAUUUGCACACUGUGUGCGAGGAGGCAAGGUGUCCAAAUAUUGGGGAGUGUUGGGGUGGAGGCGAGCAUGGGACGGCUACAGCUACCAUCAUGUUGUUAGGAGACACUUGUACAAGGGGGUGCCGAUUCUGUUCCGUUAAGACCUCAAAAACGCCUCCAGCACCCGACCCAAACGAACCUGUUAAAACUGCCUCAGCUAUAGCAUCAUGGGGGCUGGACUAUAUUGUGCUAACAUCAGUUGACCGCGACGAUUUGCCUGAUGGAGGUUCAAAUCAUUUUGCCGAAACUGUGAGAGAGAUAAAGAAGCGUAAGAGCGAGAUUCUAGUAGAGUGCUUAGUGCCUGACUUUGCUGGUGACCUAAAUGCUGUGAAGACAAUUGUUGAUUCAGGUUUGGAUGUUUACGCUCACAAUAUUGAAACUGUUGAAGCUUUAACUCCGUUUGUAAGAGACAGAAGAGCAAAAUAUAGGCAGUCGUUGGCAACUCUUGAAGCUGUUAAAAAAUUUAACCCCGAUAUGAUUACAAAGUCGUCAAUUAUGUUGGGUUUGGGUGAAACUGACGAUGAAGUUAGACAAACUUUGGAGGAUUUAAAGACAGCAGGUGUUGAUUGUGUGACUCUUGGACAGUACAUGCAACCAACUAAAAAACAUCUACUGGUUGUUGAAUAUGUAACACCUGAGAAGUAUCAAUAUUGGGAAAAAGUAGGAAAUGAAAUGAAGUUUUUGUACGUUGCGAGUGGACCUCUUGUGAGAAGUUCCUACAAAGCUGGUGAAUUCUUCAUUGCGAGUAUUUUAAAAAAUAGAAAAACUAAUGCUGUGUAAUUAAUUGUUGUUAAAUAAAAAGUAUAUUGACGUUG